GCAAGGAAAUGGCCAAAUAACACACCAACCGACCUCUGGUCUUCUUCCUCAAGAAACUGCCAAGAAGAAACGCUUAUUUGUUUAUGAUUUCAUAAGCCUACAUACGUGUUUUGAUCGAAUUUGCUAUAUAUGUAGCAGUCAUUGAUUAUUUCAAAUUAAGUUUUAAAAAACCAAUAUUUAAUAUCCAUAGACUUUUUUCUUACUUUUCCCCCUUGUUCCCCUUGUUAGUUGAGCUAGAUUUAAUGUUGGUUUUAAGUCCCAUGAGGGUUUUCAGGGGAGGGAAGGAUAUGUGGUUCUUGGUCUGACUCAACUUCCCUUUUUGAGUCUGAUUCUUCCACCUGUUUGUAGAAAGUCCUCACAGAAGAUUUUCUUAUAGACCCACACAUCAAAUUCCUCAAGAGUUUCAAGAUUUACUUUUCUUUCAAGGCAAAGUUUGUGGCUUUGAUUUGAUGGGUUUUAUGCUUGGGUUAACAUUUUGCUUUGAUUCGGACAUGGGUUCUUCAGAUCUUGGUUGCAAUUCAUAAGUGCUGACUUGAUGCAGUUUUAGCUUAUCAUCAUCAGUCAGAUUCAAAUGUCAAGAAUUUUGUGAUCUCCAUUUUCAGAGGUUCUAUUUUGUUUCGUGUUUCUAAAUGUCGUUCCGUAGUAUAGUUCGUGAUGUGAGAGAUGGAUUUGGGAGCUUAUCAAGGCGUAGUUUUGAUGUGAGGCUGUCGGGGCUUCAUAGAAGAGGAAAAUCUCAGGGUUCGGUGAAUGAUUUAAGCGACAAUCCUGCAUCUCUAGUAAUCCAAAAUAGUCGGUGGGCCAAUCUACCUCCAGAGCUCCUUUGUGAUGUGAUAAAGAGGUUAGAAGAGAGUGAAAGCAGUUGGCCUGCCAGAAAACAUGUGGUUGCUUGUGCUGCUGUUUGCAAGUCUUGGAGGAGUAUGUGUAAGGAAAUUGUUACAACUCCUGAAUCCUGUGGGAAGCUUACUUUUCCUAUUUCCCUGAAGCAGCCGGGACCACGUGACAGUACUAUUCAAUGUUUUAUCAAGAGGGAUAAAUCCAACUUGACGUAUCAUCUUUUCUUGUGUCUUAGCCCAGCAGCUUUGCUGGUUGAGAAUGGGAAGUUCUUGCUUUCUGCUAAAAGAACUCGGAGAACCACUUGCACCGAGUAUGUGAUCUCCAUGAAUGCUGAUAACAUUUCAAGAUCAAGCAGCACUUAUAUUGGCAAACUCAGAUCUAAUUUUCUUGGAACAAAGUUCAUUAUAUAUGACACGCAACCUCCACAUUCUGGCGCCCUUAUCCCGGCACCAGGUCGAUCGAGCCGAAGGUUUUAUUCCAAGAAAGUCUCACCGAAAGUGCCUAACGGAAGCUACAGCAUUGCCCAUAUCACGUACGAGCUCAACGUGCUCGGUACGCGGGGCCCACGUAGGAUGCACUGCAUCAUGCACUCGAUUCCCACCUCCGCACUCGAGCCAGGUGGUUUUGUGCCAGGUCAGCCUGAGGUCCUCCAUCCUCCCCGCUCCCUUGAGGACUCUUUUCGCAGCAUUUCCUUCUCCAAGUCGCUCGACCAUUCCACCGAUUUCAGUAGCUCUCGGUUUUCUGAAAUCGUUGGUGCCGCCCUAUCAAAUGAUAUCCCAGAUAGUGAAAAGUCAAAAAUGCCCUUGGUCCUGAAAAACAAGGCACCUAGGUGGCAUGAACAGCUCCAAUGUUGGUGUUUGAAUUUCAGGGGACGUGUGACAAUUGCCUCUGUCAAGAACUUUCAGCUGAUCGCCGCCCAACAGCCAGUUGCAGCAACUACGGCAGUGCCAGCACCACCAUCAUCAUCUGCCGGAACUUCUCAGCCAGCCCAACCGGAGCAUGAUAAAGUGAUCUUACAGUUUGGAAAAGUGGGAAAAGAUAUGUUCACGAUGGAUUACCGGUACCCUUUAUCUGCAUUUCAAGCUUUUGCUAUCUGUUUAAGCAGCUUUGACACCAAAUUAGCUUGUGAAUAGAAGGAAAAAAAAAGAAUGAAUGAAGAAAAAUUUAACAUUAGAAGAAUGGGUUAAAAAAGCAAAUGGCAAUGUCUUUUAAUUGUUCCUUUGUUACUACAAGAGGGAGAUUGAUUGUUGUUGAUGUUAUACUGUUUUCCAAGUAAAAAACUCAAGAGAUUUCACUCUUUCUUCGACUCCAUUCACUAAUGAAUACUGUUCCAUUGUUGUUUUC